CUGCAUUUUUCUUUGUUUGUAAACUAGCUUUUUCAUUUGCGAAGAAUGGCUCCCAAGCGUGACAAGGAUCGCCGCAUCGUUUCCUGUCUGCAGUGUUUCAGACCACAGGAGCUGUUGCCUAACCACCUGUUAAGAGUCUGCCUGAAGAACCACACAAAUGAGGAGAGGAAUGCAGAGGUGGACAGAGCCAAAAAGUCGAUGAAGGCCUGGACCCUUCAAGGCAGAACCUGGGACUACAACGUCAUGGUCAGGCGGUACCCCGAUGAGGCUUCCAGACAGGCUCUUCUGGAAGACCUUCGUGACAUGCAUUUUUUAAUUCUUAAUGACCCCAUGGACACACCUGCUGAAUCCAGUCACAGACCACCAGGCGCUGCAGUUGAAACUUGCAACAAAAAACCUGCUCAGCCGACUCUCCAAGACUGCCAGAGAGUCCUCAGAGUGUCACAGAUGGACAUGCUGGACAUCCGCAGGAGGCUCCUGGAUCAGCAGCAUGUGGAAGAAGACCAAAAGACGCUGUUCCGUUACUUCUGCGAAGCCAUCCUGGUCCUGAGAUACUUCCAGCGACCAGAAGCAGUGAGGGCAUUUACAGCUUCAGAUUGGGUCAACAAGACACAUGUUGAGGGACGAAUCCGAAUGGGGGUCAGUGAACUGACAGCGUCCACAAAGAAGAGUGCAACAUUUUCCCUCGCAGUGGAGGACUCUGCUAUGCUGGACGCAUACUUCCAGAAGGUUCGUCCAGCAUGUCUGCAGGACAGUGUGGACGACCAGGGCAGAUUUUUCCUGUCCAAACAGGGCAUACCAGUUGGCAACGUUGCGAGCGACCUCAACCGUCUGCAUGAACAGUAA